AUGAAGAGUGAUAUAACUCAACAAACACAACAUAUUCUUAAUCUUAUCGCUAAACGCAAUUUAAAUGAUGAUGAAAAGAAACAAUUAAUCGAUGAAACUGUGGAAAAUUUUAAUUUAUACAUUAAUCCAGGUUUCUUACAAUAUCGUAAAUCAUUUUCACCUGACUAUGUAGCUGGUAAGUUUAUUAUGUGGGGAAAAAAACAAGCGAUUCAUUUUGUUUUUGGUUUAGUUGAAUGGGCUGAUAGUGGUUCAACAUUUACUUGUGUUAAAGGUAUUGAAUAUAUUGAUUGUUUAGGUGGAUAUGGAAUUUACAAUGUUGGUCAUCGUCAUCCAAAAGUUUUAAAAGCAGUUAAUGAUCAAUUAAAUCGGCAAGCACUUCA